AGGCUAGUGUUGCCAGACAGCAGUUUUGUAGUUUAUAACCCUUGUGAAAUACGGUCAUACGACUCCGAAAAAAUAAAUAAAACUACAGUGGACCGAAUUUCCACGAUAAAGUUAAUAAAUUAGCGCAAUGCCAAAGUAUUAUUGCGACUACUGCGACACCUACUUGACCCACGACUCGCCCUCAGUGCGGAAAACACACUGCACCGGCCGCAAGCACCGCGACAAUGUGAAGUUCUACUACCAAAAGUGGAUGGAGGAACAGGCCCAGCAUUUAAUUGACGCCACCACCGCCGCCUUCAAAGCGGGCAAGAUCACAAACAACCCGUUUGCGGGUGGGCCAGGAGGAGCGCCUCCGAAGCCAGCGGGCGUGUCUAUACCGCCGCCCAACAUGGGUGCUCCUCCACGACCGGGGAUGCCUGGAAUGCCCUACAUGCCUCCACUGAUGAACCCAAUGAUGGGCAUGCGGCCGCCACCGAUCAUGAAUCCCAUGGCCAUGAUGGGACCACCGCCUCCACUUGGCACUAUACCCGGCGUCCGUCCAGGAAUCAUGAACGGUCCCAAGUGAACGCCCUCAAGAACAUCAUCCUAAUUUGGAGCAAAGGAGUGCCCCCCUUGAGAUGUCCUAAUUAAGCUGUAGCAUUUAAGCCAAACGCGAGAAAAUUAAUUAUAUACAUUUAUAUAAAGCAAGUUGACUACACAAAUGGUUGUCUUUGUGGAAAGCCCAUAAAUAAAUUAUAUAUCGAGGUCCGUAAGUAGAUGGGCAUGCAAUUUUUGCGUAGGCAUACAUAUUGCGAUAAGGUCACGCCGGUUGUGCAGAUAAUGCACAUUUAUUUAAUGCGUGAUUAUUUAUUUUAAAUAUUCUGUAUAAAACCCUUUUUCGGAAAAUAGAAAAACUUGCAACAUGCUUUCACCUUAA